ACUGUGGCGGAUAAAAAUGUGUUCACAGAGAGGCUGACUUUGUUGUUGAACCUGAUGAUUAUUGUUGCAACAAAAAUGACGACCAAUAUUGUUAGAGAGAGAUUUUCAGACCUAAACAUUGCUGUUUGAUGCAGUAUUUUCGUGACAAACGGCGGGAGGAUGCUGCUUUGACAACUCCAAUUCCUCCCGUCUGGAAGCUGAUUGGCUAAACGUCUGCUUAGCGUCUGUCAACUGUGCCCUGACUGAGGGAUGACCAAGAGAGGCCUGCCUCUCCAGCUUGUCGAAAGUAGAAGUUAGGUACAGAUGAACCUUCCCAUCACGAAAUGUGACAGGAUGCUGAACCAUCACUGCAGAAGGAACCCCGAGCUUCACGAGGAGCUGCAGAUCCAGGCUGCAGUGGCGGCAGGGGAUGUGUACACCGUCAGGAGAAUGCUGGAGCAAGGAUACUCACCUAAGAUCCGCGACGCCAACGGCUGGACGCUCCUCCACUUCUCUGCCGCCAAGGGAAAGGAGAGAUGUGUCCGGGUCUUUCUGGAGCAUGGAGCUGACCCCACAGUGAAGGACUUCAUAGGUGGCUUCACAGCACUUCACUACGCCGCUAUGCACGGCAGAGCCCGCAUCGCCCGGCUCAUGCUGGAGUCAGAGUUCCGCAGUGACAUUAUCAACGCCAAAAGUAACGAUGGCUGGACGCCUCUCCACGUGGCCGCCCACUAUGGCCGAGACUCGUUCGUACGCCUCCUCCUCGAAUUCAGGGCCGAGGUGGACCCGCUGAGCGACAAAGGGACCACGCCACUCCAGCUGGCCAUCAUUCGUGAGCGCUCCAGCUGCGUACGGAUCCUCUUGGACCACAGCGCCAACAUAGACAUUCAAAAUGGCUUCCUCCUGCGGUACGCAGUCAUCAAAGGCAAUCACUCAUACUGCCGCAUGUUCCUACAGAGGGGAGCAGACACUAACCUGGGCCGUCUAGAGGAUGGCCAGACCCCACUGCACCUGUCAGCACUCAGGGAUGACGUGCUAUGUGCCCAGAUGCUCUACACCUACGGGGCAGAUACAAACACCAGAAACUACGAGGGCCAGACGCCAGUGGCUGUAUCUGUUAGCAUGUCUGGGAUCAGCCGGCCCUGUCUGGACUUCCUGCAGGAGGUCACCAAACAACCUAGGACUCUACAAGACUUGUGUCGGAUAAAAAUCCGUCACUGCAUCGGCCUUCAAAGCUUGAAAUUCCUGGAGGAUCUACCCAUUGCUAAGGUGAUGAAAGACUACCUAAAACACAAGUUUGACAAUGUGUGACGGCAGCACUGACACCAAGGAGAGGCCAACAGAGAACACUCGGGUUUCAUUCAAGACUAUGCAAUCACCAUGUCCCUUGCCUCGAGGAAAGGCACACAGGUCGGUUUUGUACACGCUUCAAGAAUUUGUUAGUUAAGUUCCACAAAUUGAAAAUGGGGUUCUCUUCUCCCGUUCCCCAUGUCAGCCUUGUCACACUUGGAGCAGUUGCUGUGGAGAGGAAACUGAUCCGCCUCAUGUCAGCGUCAAAUCAUGCCUGAUGAGCGACGGAAUAAUGCAGUAGUUGUGCUUCUUGUCGUGGUAACACUCUUACCUGUAAAGAUUUUCGCAUGAUGUUGUCCUUGAUGGGUCGGAUUGUCAUGUGCAUAAUUGCCAGUCAGGUUUCUUUUCUUUUCUUUUUUUUUUAUUUCAUUUUCCCUGCUCUUUGUAAUAUCAUCAGAACAGAGAAGUUAAAUUAAAAUGACUGUUUGACAGUAGAAGUUGCGGUGAUGUUUUUAUUCUCACAGAAUUGUAAAAAGUGGGAAAUGACAAUUUCCCUUCUCGUUCAAAAAGCCUGUCAGUUUUAAAAGAGCUGUUAAAGAUGCAGCAGGAGGAUCAGCUCCACUAGGGCAACAAGACUGACAGGGUUUCUCUGGUGGUAUGCAGGAAUACAUUGCACAAAAUGCCUUUGGAACAUUGUAAUGACUCAAGCAAGAGCGUUACACAGAAGUUAAAUACUUUUUAUUUAGCAAGUAGUUGUUGGGAAGCUAAUUUUAUACUGUCCUUUGAACAAGGAAAGGAAACGGCAGUGUUUAAUUUUAAAGCAAGAUCCAUCAUCUUUCAGUCCUUUUUGUUGCAAAUCAGUACACAGUGUUAGAAUUGUUUUCCAAAAACUAUUCAUAUUUUCUUGCAAAAUGAGUCAAGGAAUUCAUGAGGAAUGACUUGGGUAUCACUGACACAGUCACCAGAAGCAAAAUGUAAAUAUGUUACAUGUAAAACAGAUAUUUUUGUAGAUUUAUUUAAGCAAUGAGCAAUUUGUUGGAAAGUAUUGUGCUUCGUUUGGUGUAACCCUUGUAUUUCUUAUUUUCUGUGUUUAAGUUAAAAAAAUGCAGUUUGGCAAGAAGAAUUUGGAAUCAAGUGUUUUUUUUUAUUAUUAGAUUUUGUGAAAUAAAAGGUGGGUGCUUCUUUUUAAAAAAAAAAAAAAAAAAAAAUCGCAUAGUCUCUUCAAAGUAAUUCUAUCAUGGAGGCUAAACUGUGAAUUUCUCGUUUUGAUAGUUUAACAAAAUAAGAACUUGUAGGAUUUGGGGCCUAAAAAUGCCCAGUCCACACAAAUUAUUUGCUUAAUAAUACUUUUUUUGUUUUGGCUUUUGUUUUUGAAAUCGUAGUAAAAAAAAAUAAAUAUAUUGUUUAUGUUCAAGUUGCAAACAUUGAUGUCAAUGCCCUUCUUAAAUUUGAAUUGCUACCUAACAUAUCAGAAGAUUCAGUGUAGUCAAAUCAUUCACUUUUCAAAGUGCAGUAUCCUCUGAUCCCUUUAGAGGAUGUUGAACGUUUUGGUAUCGUUUUCUAAGAUUGAACUUUGCAUGCUUGUGUGCCGCCUGGUUGUAUGAAAUUUUGUGAAAUGAGCAUAACAUCUUAAAGGACCAUGCCAGUGAUUUUGCAUGUUAGCAUAAUAUCCACAGAAUCUAUAAACUUCACAUGUCUGCUAAUCUUUCCCUAAAGUAAGCUGUCGUAUAAAAGUAAAUAGUAAAAGUUUGUCUUCCUAAAAGCAGCAGCACUGUUGUGGUUUGAUGACUUGGAAUUCCCUCCACUGGAAAAUAGUCCCCACUUUGUUAGCCGCAGAAGCAGAACAGUAUAAGGACGCUUUUUGAACCAAAAAUUCAAAAUGGAAAAAUGACGGACUUUGAUUGUUGAUGUUGCAAAGUCUUUAGUACCCCCGCAUGAUUUGCAAAAUGGUUUUUUACAGUGAAAAAUGUGGGUAACCUGCAGUAAAGAGGCCAAAUGUUGAAAAUCACUGGUAUGUUCCUUUAAAUGCACAUAACUCUACGCUUGAACAUGACAGACAUAAUUUUCCUUAAAAUGACAGAAAAUUAAUCUUGGUUCAUUUCCCAACAUUUUUCAUAUUUAAGCAUGACUGAAACCUUACUCAAACCAUUAAUCGCUUGCCUAACCAUAAAGUUAUUUUCGCCACUGAAAGUCAACCAUUUCCCAACCUUUCAUGUGACAAACAUGUGAAAACGUUGUUCCAUAAUCCUUUCAUGGUGGAAUGGAAUUAUGUAAUGUAACAUUACAUGAUUACAUGAUACAUAAUAAUGUAACAUUAUUUGUGUCUGCAACAUGUCUGCAACAAGUUUAUGCUCAUUUCACAAAAUUGGAGUUGUUCUUAAUGCUUAUGGCUCAGAUAAUGUUUAAUUUCAGAAUGUGAUUUGUAAAAUUUUUAUUUUAUUUUAUUCUUUAUUUUGCAUAUGCCCUGAAGUUCUGGCAUUGGUCCAGCAUUUAACUUAAGUUGGCUAGUAUUAUUACUAUUAAAAUAUUAAUAAUGUCACACUUUGAUACUAAAAUUACAAAGGCUGCCCUAUGUUUGUCAGCUCAUUAAUCCACGCAUUGAGAUAGUGCAUUAUUCCAAGAUUUGAGUAAGAAUACAAGGUGGCUGGUUUUCAGUUUGCAACGUCUGGUUAUUUUCCACCUCAUUUCAGUUACAUUUCACAGCACAUGUUGUUGCGCAGCGUUUUUCUGCUCUGCCGUGUGAGUGCGUUUGGUCUGUGCUUGACAAUGUGUCCUACAUCGACUGCCUUCUCCAAACCCUAUUGGUUCCUCAACAGACUUUGGUCUCACAGUCAGGGAACAGUUCAUACAUGUCUUAUGUGGCUAUCAAAUGGCUGCAAGUCUUCCACACCAUUAACUACUGAAUGUACAUAAUAUGCAGAUUUUCAGAUGUAAAAAUGUGUGAAUAAACUAAAGUUAACGUUU